AUGUCAGCUUCAAUAAAUAAUGAACAUAAAGAAAACGAUCUUGAUCAAAGUAUAAACUAUGAUGAAAUUGAACAAUGCAUUUCUAAUGAAGAUGAAACUCAUGAAAUUAAUACAGAAAGUAGAAUAACAAUUAAUUCAUUAAAAUCAUCUGAUGAAAGACUAGUAUCACAACAACAGCAGCGUUCAUCAUCUUGUAUUACAAAAGUACAGAAUCUUAAUCUUUCUCUAGAAAAAUCUUCAGCAAAUAUUGAAGAAAAUUCUGAAAAUGACAAUAAUAAUAAAUCAAAAAUAUCUAUAUUAAGUGUUAAAACAUCAAAUAUACCUGGUCCAGUUGGUCUCUUACCAAUAUUAAAAACUAAUGACGACUUACGACGUUUAAAAGAAGAUAAAACGGCUCGUGAUACAUUGCUUACCAAUGAAGAGAAUAUUAACGUUAAACGACCUAAAACAUCAUCUGAUCUUUUUAGUUUGAAUAUUAACAAUUAUCCAUCAUAUACAAUAGCUCUUAGACAAUUACAAGAAUCAUUCAGUUGUGAACCAAUCAGUAUUCAUACAGCACUUGUUAAAGCUCGUCUUGGUAUUAAAAAACGUAUUCCACUUAUGUGUGCAGCUGUAACACAUUAUGAUCGACAAGAAAAUACUAUUCUAUUAGAUAAAUCAGCUCAUAUUCGAGCAACAUUCAUCGGUGACGAUGAAGUAUUAGAUAAUUUUAAUAUUCGUGUUGGUCAUACGCUUGUAUUACGAAAUGUAGCAGUAUUUACAUCAACUCGUCAUAGACAUCAUUAUGUUAAUAUUCAUUUACAAAAUAUAAUAGCUAUACAAGAUCCAUUAAGUGAUUUAUUUAGUAUGCCAUCCAUGAGUCAAGAACAUCAACAACAAAAAAUGCCAAAAUCAAUAUUACAUUCAAUUGAAAAUGAAAUAUCAGCAUACGCAGAUUCAUCAAAAACAAAUAAUGAAACUUUUCAUAUAUUUUCACAAUUUGAUCAUGAUGAUGAUGAACAACCACCAUUAAAAAAACUUAAUACAAGUUUUAAAUCAUCAAAUAAUUCAGCUUUUAAUCAUAUUAAACCAAAUGUAAAAUCAUCAUGUGCAAAUAAAUUUAAAGAAACUAUUGUUGAAAAACCACAAUCAGCUUUCAAACCUUCCAUUCAACCACAAACUACAUCAACAUCAACUGUAAAUAAACUUGCAUCCACGACAGUUACUAUUACUCCACCAUCAUCAACAACCGAAAUCAAUCUUCUUCAAAUGAUUGAGAAACCACUUGAUAUUGAUAUUAAUCCAGAAGGUAAUCUUUCAUGA